AUGGAAAGCAGCUCUCAAGAAAGCCUAAGUAAUCUAGAUAAUAUAGAAUGGGUAUCUGGUGGUACGUCGAUAACUGUCACUCCUCGUUCAAGUAACGUUAAUAACCAUGAAUCCAAAAUACCAUUGAGAGCAAUUACCUUUAACAAAAAAACAAGUGUUCGUAUGUUUUCUUCCGGAGUGGGAGAUAUGGCACUUUUAGUGCGUGGAAAAAGUCGAGAAAUUUCAAUUUGUUUAAAUAAUAUGAAAGAUGAAAUCGUUAUAAAUGUUAAAGAAAUUGAAGAAUUUCGAAUUGCCAAGGAUCGAGAUCAAAGAGCCAUUGUUUUGAGAUUAAAUCCAAAUUUUGAUAGAACG